AUGCCACCGAUGCAUCGAAAACUGCCUCUCAAAUGGGUGCGGGUGGAUAAGAAGGGAAAGGAAGGUUACAUCCCGCAGACUUCAGAGAUGGGAAAGGAGAAGCGAAACACUUUGUUGUCAUAUCUUCAUAUAAUACUGCAAGGAAAGAUGACAAUUAGGUCUGAAAUUGACAUGGAAUCAUUAUACUGUGUAUCUCUGUUGUUUGUAAAAGAUCGUGUUCACUGUUUAAAUGUUUUAAUUGGCGUGGCAGUGACGUUGCCGGAGCCCACAUCGGCACCUAGCAUCGGCGGUGGCAGCGGCGAGAAAGGGGUCGGGGGCAGCGGGGGCAAAAGUGGGGGCGGGAGCAUGUACCCGCCCGCGCUUCGUCGCGCCGCCGAGCGCGCCCGUCGUGGCUGCACUCGCAAACUGCUCUUCAAGCGCGUGCCCAUUCUGACGUGGGCCCCGCUCUACCGCCCAGGCGCCGCCGUCUCCGACCUCGUGGCCGGCUUCACCGUCGGCCUCACCGUCAUCCCGCAGGCCAUAGCCUACGCGAACGUUGCCGGUCUGCCGCCAGAGUACGGGCUGUACUCGUCGUUCAUGGCGUGCUUCGUGUACGCGCUGCUGGGCUCGUGCAAGGACAGCGCCGUCGGCCCCACGGCUAUCGCAGCCAUCCUCACGCGCGAGAACCUACACGGGCUGGGCCCCGAGUUCGCCGUGCUACUGUGCUUCCUCUCCGGCUGCGUCGAGCUGCUCAUGGGCGUUCUACAGCUGGGCUUCCUCAUCGACUUCAUCUCGGGUCCGGUGUCUGUGGGCUUCACGUCCGCCGCCGCCAUCAUCAUCGCGACGACGCAGGUGAAGGACGUACUGGGGCUCAGCAUUACCGGCAGCAAUUUCCUUGAGGUGUGGGAGCGCGUCUUCGAGCACAUCGGCCAGACCAGGCUUUGGGACAGCGUGCUCGGCUUCUCCUGCAUGGCUGUGCUGCUGCUGCUACGGAAAGCGAAGGACAUCCCUGUGGGGCCUGCAGACUCCGAGAAGAAGACAGGAGUGCAGAAAGCGCUGGUCCAAUUCCUAUGGUUCAUCUCCACCGCCCGCAACAUCAUCGUAGUAGUGGUGUGCGCCGUGGUUGCCUUCCUCUUCAAGCAACACGAUUCGGAGCCCUUCAAGCUCACCGGCACCGUCAAAGAGGGCCUGCCCAUCUUCCAGCCGCCGCCCUUCUCCACGACGGUCAACAACCGAACCUACAACUUCAUCGACAUGGCCACGCAGCUGGGAUCGGCGACGUUUGUCGUGCCGCUGUUGGCAAUCCUGGAGAACAUCGCCCUGGCGAAGCUGAGCUACAUUUACGAAGCCAUGUUCUGUUGUGAUGUUUCCAGCGGAGGGCAAGGCGAUCGACGCGACGCAGGAAAUGCUGGCCAUCGGCGCCUGCAACAUCCUGUCGUCGUUCAACUUGAUCUGAUUCCUGCAUUUGCUACCUUCUUAUCAUGUCUGUUCAUUCGACUGGAGUUGGGAAUUGUGAUUGGCAUUGGCAUAAAUGUUGUGUUUCUUUUGUACGCAUCAGCACGACCAUCUGUCAAAGUAGAGAAGGUCACGACUACCACAGGAUGUGAAUACCUUUUAAUCACUCCUGACCGAAGUCUUGUAUUCCCAUCAGUGGAGUAUGUGCGGAAUCAAGUAUCAAAAGCUGGUGUCAAACAGGGAUCAAGUUCUAUACCUGUAGUUAUAGACAGUAGACAUAUACAAGGUGCUGAUUUCACUGCAGCAAAGGGUGUAAAGUCUCUUAUUGAAGACUUUGUGACGAGAAACCAGCCCAUUCUCUUUUAUAAUCUCAAACCUAGCAUUGUAGAAAUCUUCAAGGGUGUACAGCCCAAGGAGUUCAAGUAUUGCCACAAUGAGACAGAGCUGAGUGACCUUCUUAAAGACUACACGAAUAAGAACACUCGUUUACGGGAAACAAAUGGUAGACAUUGAAUUGGAAGAAGAAGAAAAAAAAGAAGACUAGUGUUCUUGAAGACUUGUGCUCCAUCUUCUGUGAAGAAUUUGCAUUUUCCAAAGGAACUGUAUAAUGCAGUCUUGGAUUUGUUGCUUGUGUCUGGAGCCAAGCUCCUAUUAGAACAUCUGUGAUGAAUUAAUAUAGAUAGUGUAUUGAAAAGUGAAGUAGGAAAACUGAUGUGUAUUUAUUCUCCUAUGUACAUUUUGUGAUUGUCCAAAGAAAGGUUAACUGUGGUGAAGAGAGUUCCUCCAGACAGCCUGUAGUUAAUAAAAGAGACAUCUCAAUAUGCUGGUACAAAAUAAAUUGAAUGCAGGGAACAAAUAAUAGAAAAGAAGAUGAUCCUGUUCUUCAAGUAUUGAUUUCUGCUUUAUUUGUACCAGACUUACUAGUUCUUACUUCUUUAUUAUCACACAUCGUUGUACUGACACAAAGUGAGAAAACGUACCUACCAGUAUUCUGAGUCAUGAAUUAAUUGCACAUUCCUAUACACUGUACUAAUAGAGAAAAAUUAUGUACAAACUCCUGUAAAUGUAUGUAUGUACAUUACUUAGUGCAAUUAACAAUAAAUAUUUUACUUGUAAAGCUGCUCACCACUUUUAUACUGGAGACUGUUAAGAAAUGAUGAAAUUUUUUCAUGUUGCAAUCUUCAAAACAAAUUGUUUGCAAAUUGUAUGUUUUUAUAUGUCAAACUUCUAACUGAUAUCAAAUAACUUUUUAUUAACACAUAUGUCUUACGAACAAAAUUAGUGAUGUAUGUGUUUUAUAAAUAAUGAGAAAUGAGUGAUGUAUAUAUUUUUUGUGAUGUAUGCUAUACAGUUGCAUGAAAUAAAUACUGCAGUGCUGUAUGAAGUCUAUAUUGCUUUUGUAGCACUAGUACAAUGAACUACCACAAAAAGACCUUAGGUAGUAUUGCUUUUGUCAUUAAGUAAGUCUAAGCAUUCUUUGAAUAAUAAUAUUUCAUUAAAACUGAAUUACUUCAAUGUGAAUUUUAAAACAUUUCCUCCAUUGACAGGGUACAAAAAGUGAAAAAAUGUGAUUCAUCUUUCAUGAAUCCAUUGCUUAUUCUAAAAGACUACUUAGCUACCACAGCUUCUCUACUCACUUUCAGUUCUUUGUUGGUCCAAGGUAAAACAAGAGCGUUUGCCUUCACAUAGUAGAUUUUUACAAAGCUCCACUAGCAUAUUUCUAGGAAUAAACAUGAAAAUGCAUACUGCUAUUCUUCAAUUUUUUCUAGUUUUCAAUAUCUGCAUUCAAUGAAUGAGUUGAUGUUGCAUCAUCCUGAGGCGACAAUAUGACUGACAACUGCCAUAGAUUCCUUACACAGUGUGCUGACUCCCAAUUCCAAUUCUUCCUUUGCAAUUUUCUUCUCAUGAGCUUUGAUGAGGUCGUCGAGCUCAGAUUCAGUGUAGAAAACGGUGAAAUCGCGCGGUUGGAGGCCUUUGAACACGUUGACGAUGCUGGGCUUCAACCGGAAGAAGAAC